UUACCAGCUCCUAAGGGAAAGGGGCUCUGAGUAUCAGCUGGCUCUGGGCGCAAGUUUGAUCCAAAUCCAUACCAAGAAGGGACUGACUCUGAGCCUCUGCCCGUGGGAUUGGGCUUCGAGCAGCCCGGCAAGCAGGACCGCUGGUUCUUUUGCCCCAGGGAAGAAGAGUGGACUUGGGUGCCAUGAUGGCCAGUUACCCAGACCCCGAGGAGGACCCCGUAGCCCUGAUGGCUCAUGACACCAACGCCAGCAAGGAGGCCGAGCGAGCCAAGGACGAGCUGAGCCCGGAGAAGGGGGCCGAGAAGCCGGACCCCUCUCAGAAGCCCCCCUACUCCUACGUAGCUCUGAUCGCGAUGGCCAUCCGGGAGAGCGCCGAGAAGCGGCUCACGCUGUCCGGCAUCUACCAGUACAUCAUCAGCAAGUUCCCCUUCUACGAGAAGAACAAGAAGGGCUGGCAGAACAGCAUCCGCCACAACCUGAGCCUCAACGAGUGCUUCAUCAAGGUGCCCCGCGAGGGGGGCGGCGAGCGCAAGGGCAACUACUGGACGCUGGACCCGGCCUGCGAGGACAUGUUCGAGAAGGGCAACUACCGGCGGCGGCGGAGGAUGAAGAGGCCCUUCAGGCCGCCCCCGACCCACUUCCAGCCGGGCAAGACCCUCUUCAGCAGCGACAGCUACGGCUACCUUUCGCCGCCCAAGUACCUGCAGUCCGGCUUCAUGAACAACUCGUGGCCGCUGGCCCAGCCGCCCGCGCCGAUGUCCUACGCCUCCUGCCAGCUGGCCGGCGGCAACGUGAGCCCAGUCAACGUGAAAGGACUGUCGGCGCCGGCCUCCUACGGCCCCUACUCCCGGGUGCAGGGCAUGGCCCUGCCCAGCAUGGUGAACUCCUACAACGGCAUGAGCCACCAUCACCACCACACGCAGCAGCUCAGCCCUGCCAGCCCCGCGCCGCCUGCAGCCCCGGCCCCCAACGGAGCCGGCCUCCAGUUCGCCUGCGCCCGCCAGCCCGCCGAGCUCUCCAUGAUGCACUGUUCCUACUGGGACCAUGACAGCAAACACAGCGCCUUGCACUCCCGGAUAGACAUCUAGAGACCCCCGCCCUCCUGUCUGUCUGUCUCUUGUUUCUCCUCUGUAGUGGCGGAUUUGUCUAAAUUGCUCUCUGUGCCAAAAAUGGGCACCGCGGAAAAAUGUAAGCCCUGCUCCGCGUUUGGUUGAAGGCAGUGUAAGUGUUGAACUUUAAAACCCUCUAGCUGCAGCGAGAGACCUUGGUGAUCCUGUUGGAGUGUAAGGUUAUCAAGCGAUGGCCGGUUUGUCUGAUUUAUAACAAGGGGAGGAGGUGACUUUUCUUUUUAAAGCAUGCCAUUCAAAAUGCACACUUUUGUCCUCAAACGUAUACUCCAUUUUGUAAUUUGGCACUCUUAUUUUUGAGCAUUGAGGAAAGUAAACUGGGGGUGGGGGGAAUAGAAAAACCACCAAUUCGAUCUCCACUAAUUGUAGAUUUGUUGCCGGGACAGGCCUAUCCGCUGUAUGUCACAGGACUUUUAUAGUCUGGAAAGAAUUGCACUUCUUCAAAAUUCUGUCCUUCUGUCAAAAUAGUACUUACCUGGGGACUGUUUUAAAAGCAGAACGCAUGCCUACAUUUCCUAGCAAUGGUGUUGAUAUUUGAAACAAACAAAAAAUAACGAGUAACCUGUGAAAUAUGUCGGCAGUGAUAUAGAUAUAUGUAUAUUAAAGUAGAAAAUGUCCUGUGAGGUCUUAAAAGUAAUUUUA